CAGCCGUGCUCGACGAUCAUUCCAUAUUCUACCCAUCAGGAGUGAGGAUCACGAGAUAAAUAUCUGACAUCAAUAUGACAGGAUGAUGCUCGUGGAAUGCAAAGAAAACUUGAUAUGUCGGAAUGUGCAGCCCUGUCAAACCCCUAGGCUUCUCAUCCUGUGCCUGCGGCAAUUGAACCCGGGAGCAGCAUUAUCGCGAUCAUCAAUGAUUAGCCGUGGCGGGCCGCGCCAGCGAAGAACCUGUGGGGCCACCGGGGGGUUUUGCCCUUGGUUCCAUCUUGCCCUCUGGCUGGCCAGCUCUGGCGAACGCCUCCAGUGGGUCAGGAAGCUGCCGAAGUCGAAUCGGAGAUUGGAAUCGUCGAUAGUGUCGGAUGUAUGCCCCUUAGACUCAUGCGUCAUAGGACAGAUAAAAAAUAGACUCUGAUAGGGGAGCGGAAGCGAGGAAAAAGGAAAAUAAGCGAUGAUCAUGCUCGUUAGGCACGAGAAUCUGCAGCUGUCCGCAUGGAUCCGC